AUGGGACAUGAUGCAAUAUCAGCACAAAAAUUUAGAGAAUCGUUAAGGAGACCAGAACCCAAAGUAAGAAAAGUUCCAGCAUUUACAAUUCAAGCUUAUCAAAGAAAUACAAAAGUAAUACCAUUGCCAAAAAUUGAUUUUUAUAAAAUAGUCGAACCGAAACCAUCAGCACUCAGAAGAGCAUAUCUCAAUCAAAAUUUACCAAUAAAUAUUGAAAUCGAAGGAGGAGGAACGGUUCUUAAAUGGCGGGAGGAUAUAGAAUUAUUAGAUUUUCAUCAUUAUCUCCCGAUAUUUUUUGAUGGUUUAACAGAAAAAGAAAAUCCAUUUAAAUUUAUAUCAGAACAAGGGAUACACGACAUGUUAGUCAAAGCAGGACAUAAAGUUUUACCUGUCAUACCUCAGCUAAUACUACCUAUAAAAAGAGCAUUAGCGACAAAAAAUCCUCCCAUCAUGUGUACAACAUUGAAAGUUUUACAACAUCUCGUCAUGUCAGGUGAUAUGGUUGGAGAAGCUCUUGUUCCAUACUACAGACAAAUCCUUCCAGUAUUGAAUUUGUUUUGUAAUAAAAACAAAAAUUUAUGGGAUGGAAUAGAUUAUUCUCAACAGAGAAGAGAAAACGUUGCAGAUUUAAUACAAGAAACUCUUGAAGUUUUAGAAAGAUACGGUGGAGAAGAUGCAUUUAUUAAUAUUAAAUACAUGGUACCAACUUAUGAAUCUUGCAUGCUGAAUUAA